CUAUAUCUGAAAUCACGCAUAUACCCCCAAUUGCCUAACUAAUUAACACCAUACCCUUCUUCCCACUGUACUCUCCUACUACGCCUCCUCUCUCUCUAUACUCUUAUCUCGCCGUCGCCUCAUCGCCGCCGCCGCCGCCACCGCCACCGCCACCGCCUUCACCUCGUUCCUCUUCCUCCACCUCCUCCUUCCCAGUGUUGUUAUCCUAAAAAAGGCAUUCCGACAUUAGAAGAAAUUGAACUACUGUUGUGUUUUGUGGAAGGUGUUGGAUGCUGCGUGCAAAUCAACUACUUAGCUUUUGGGAAAGCAGAAUUCAUAGCCUUCCACGUUUUAUAGAAGGAUAUGGAGGUUGGAUUUCAAUUUAAAAAAACCUACCUCUCAAUUACUGGUGGUGUCAAAUCUUUGAAGACAUUGGGCAUUGGAGGACAUUUUUUUGAAGGCAUGGAAAGCACCAGUGACGGCACUGACAUUGAAGCUUGGAUAAAGGUGAAUUGGAAUUUUUGUGAACUUUACCUUCAACAAAGAUCAUGUCAGGGGAAAUAUCUUUCUACACUUUGGAGAUAUUAGAACUUUGGAUCUACCAAACAUACUUGAGGCUCUUUUAUUAUGAACCACACCAGUACUACGAAUUCAAACGUGCAGAAUCAUGUGAUGCUGAUGCUUUAAUACUCUUAUGAAUAAAUGGCUGAUCACUCUUUAAUUGUGUCGGAGACUGCACUUAGUCUGGUAGAUCACACUCUUGUUAUUGGACAAGAAUUUCCCGAUGUUGAAACAUGCCGAAGAAUGUUGAAAGAUAUUGCUAUAGCUAUGCAUUUUGAUAUUCGAAUUGUUAAAUCUGAUCGUAGUCGGUUUAUAGCCAAGUGUUCCAAGGAGGGUUGUCCAUGGCGUGUGCAUGUAGCAAAAUGCCCUGGAGUUCCAACCUUUACAGUUAGAACCUUACAUGGUGAGCAUACUUGUGAAGGUGUUCGUAAUCUUCAUCAUCAGCAAGCCUCCGUGGGAUGGGUUGCCAGAUCUGUGGCAGCACAAGUAAGAGAUAAUCCACAGUAUAAACCCAAGGAAAUCCUUCGGGAUAUCCGCGAUCAGCACGGAGUUGCUGUAUCCUACAUGCAAGCUUGGCGUGGUAAAGAACGUAGCAUGGCUGCACUUCAUGGAACUUUUGAAGAAGGGUAUCGCCUUCUUCCUGCAUACUGUGAACAAAUAAGCAAAACAAACCCUGGAAGCAUUGCUUCAGUUUUUGCAACAGGACAAGAAAAUUGCUUCCAGCGCCUGUUUAUUUCUUAUCGUGCUUCGAUAUAUGGGUUUAUAAAUGCCUGUAGGCCGCUUCUUGAACUUGACAGAGCACAUCUUAAAGGAAAAUACCUGGGAGCUUUACUCUGUGCUGCGGUUGUUGAUGCAGAUGACUCAUUGUUCCCAUUGGCCAUUGCAGUUGUUGAUGUGGAGAGCGAUGAAAAUUGGAUGUGGUUUAUGUCAGAAUUGCGGAAGCUUCUUGGGGUAAAUACUGAUAACAUGCCAAGAUUGACAAUAUUAUCUGAAAGACAAAGAGGAAUCGUUGAGGCAGUUGAGACGCAUUUUCCUAGUGCCUUUCAUGGAUUCUGUCUGCGUUAUGUAAGCGAAAAUUUCCGUGAUACGUUUAAAAACACGAAGUUGGUUAAUAUUUUUUGGAAUGCUGUUUAUGCUCUCACUGCAGCUGAAUUUGACAGCAAAAUUGCUGAAAUGGUAGAGAUCUCUCAAGAAGUUAUAACGUGGUUUCAGCACUUCCCUCCCCAGUUGUGGGCAGUAGCAUAUUUUGAAGGUGUGCGAUAUGGCCAUUUUACAUUAGGGGUUACUGAGUUGUUGUAUAAUUGGGCACUCGAGUGUCACGAGCUCCCCAUUGUGCAGAUGAUGGAACAUAUCCGUAAUGAGAUGGCAUCUUGGUUUAACGAGCGGCGUGAAAUGGGAAUGAGAUGGACCUCCAUUCUUGUACCCUCUGCUGAAAAGCGGAUUGCUGAGGCAAUUGCAGAUGCUCGUUGUUAUCAAGUACUUCGUGCGAAUGAAGUUGAGUUUGAAAUUGUCUCAACUGAGAGGACAAAUAUUGUGGAGAUACAUAGUCGCGUGUGCUCUUGUCGUCGUUGGCAACUAUAUGGUCUCCCUUGUGCUCAUGCAGCUGCGGCUCUAAUGUCCUGUGGGCAGAAUGCCCAUCUAUUUGCUGAGCCUUGUUUCACUGUCACUAGUUACCGUGAAACUUAUUCACAAAUGAUAUACCCAAUCCUUGACAAGAGUCUUUGGAAGGAACCGGGUGAGGGGGCCGAGGGUGGAGUUGGGAAAGUUGAUAUCACAAUACGCCCUCCCAAAGUUCGUCGCCCACCUGGAAGGCCGAAAAAGAAAGUUCUCAGAGUUGAAAACUUGAAACGCCCAAAGAGGAUUGUACAAUGUGGUCGUUGCCAUUUGUUGGGACACUCUCAAAAGAAAUGCACAAUGCCAAUGUAACAUUCGGUAGAUUGAUGAAUAUAUUAUCUUCCCUUAGAAAAGCAAUAUAAUUAGUGUUAUGUGCAAUCUCAGUUCUCUUGUAAUCUCUAGUCGCUGCAAAAUAAGAUACUAAGUUAUUUUUGGCCUAAUUACAUAGUUUCUUUCUCA